AUGGAACCGACGACCAUCAUACAGACCACAGACGCGCCUUUAGCCGCCACGAUCACAGGAACCAUAGGGACCACAACUUUGAACCACAGGAUCAAAGCGACGAGCUGUGACAACGACAUUCUUGACAAAACUGCCAUUACAAAUCAAAAACGAACCGACACAGACGAAUUUGUACCUCAGAUCCGAUGGCCCGACACUAUCGUACAACUAUUUUUACACUUAGGGUUAGUCUACGGGCUGUUUCUCUGUUUAGUCUCAGCGAAGUUUUAUACCACUCUAUUUGCAUUCCUGACGAUAUACAUAACGGGUUUUGGCAUAACAGCGGGAGCUCACAGGCUGUGGUCACAUCGAGCUUAUAAGGCAAAAUGGCCGCUUAGGUUACUUCUAGUCAUUUUAUUUACUGUCACAGGUCAGAGGCAUGUGUACGCAUGGGCAUUAGACCACAGGGUCCACCACAAAUACAGCGAAUCCGAGGCAGAUCCACACAACGCGAAGCGGGGGUUCUUCUUCUCUCACGUUGGCUGGCUGAUACUCACCCCCCACCCCAAAGUGGUGGAAAAGAGGAAAGUCGUCGACAUGAGCGAUCUCGAAGCUGAUCCUAUCGUUAUGUGGCAAAAAAGGUUAUACCCUCCGCUAUUCGCUAUCUUCAACAUCAUCCUCCCAGUGGGAAUACCAGUCUACUAUUGGAACGAGACCCUGUGGAACUCAUUCUGGAUAAACUUUGUCGCCAGAUUUACGAUAACGCUGAACAUUGCGUUCUUCGUUAAUAGCAUCGCUCACAUGUGGGGUCAGAAACCAUAUGACAGAAACAUCAGCCCAGUAGAAAACUUGGCCGUUUCGCUCGCUGCCUUAGGCGAGGGUUGGCACAACUACCAUCACGUGUUCCCGUGGGACUACAAAACAGGGGAACUCGGCAACGCUUACAACCCUUCUACAACCUUCAUAGACUUUUUCGCAAAACUAGGAUGGGCGUAUGACCUGAAGAGCGUUUCUAAGGGGAUGAUUGCCAGGAGAGCGAAAAAAUGCGGCGACGGGAGCCAUCCUCAGAUUUGGGGAUAUGGUGACAGUGACAUUGACAAAGAAGAUAAAGAGGAACUGGAAAAGAUGGCGGCCGAAGAGAAAGCAGCCAUGUUUUAGAUUACGACGAUGAGCAGUAUUAAUGCGUAGAUGUAUAUGAGUUGUUGCGAUCAAGUUAUGUAUGUUUUCUAUUGUAUUGAGUAAAGAGUAUCUAUGUAGAAUA